AUGCGGCAAAGCGCAUAUACGGUCGCUGAUCAGCAGGCGGGACGCCAUCUUCGCGCGCGGGGUAUGCGUUAUGCUAUCCUCUGCCUUCCGCUAUUUCUUGCCUACGUGGCCCUUUCCCUUAUUCCCGGCGCGGAGGCUUCUCCGUAUCGGUCCCCUGAUUCUUCUGCACUAUCUCGCCGCGACACCGUUAUGCUUCCAGGCCCCGAAAACUUCAUUGUUGGUGGCAUUCACGGCGAGCCUCCAACGACGAGAUAUUACGACUUCGUAGUGACUCAGCUGAACGGCGCACCCGACGGCUUCGAAAGGAGCAUGCUCGUAGUUAACGGCAUGUACCCUGGCCCGACCAUCGAGGCUAACGAGCACGAUCAGAUCAUCGUGAAGGUCACCAACCUGAUAGCUCAAUCAGUAACGUUUCACUGGCACGGCAUGACUGUCUAUGAUGGCCCUGACCAACUAUUUAAUUCAGAGGACAUGAUAUAUUCCGACGGCGUAGUAGGCGCGCUCAUCGUUCAUCCUUCGUUCAUCCCUUCCAGCAUUCCUCCCUAUGACGGAGACUUCAUUGUCUUGGUAUCCGAUCUAUAUCACCAACUCUCCUCGACCAUGCUUCGACCGUGGCUUACAGGUGUGGGCAACUUGACGGGACUUGCACUCGAGUCCCCUCAGAGCGGCAUGAUCAAUGGUAUUGGACAAUUUGCUGGCACCCAGAUGACCAACUUCUAUGACUUCAACCUACAGCCUAACAAGACAUACCGUUUUCGCUUCAUAAACGUCGACUCAGACGUCCCAGUCACCGUCUCCCUGGACUUUCAUCCGAUGACUGUCAUCGAGAUAGAUAAGACGUUCACCGAACCUUACGAUGUCUCCAAUUUCACGAUCUUUACUGCGCAACGCUGCUCGGUACUCAUCACUACGAACCAGACUGAAGAACCUGGUGGAAACUACUGGAUUCGUUCCGAGUUGACGGAUCCUCUGCCGACUCCAGGCUACAGCACGGACCUUCGUGCGAUUAUAAGGUACAGCAACAGCGUCGACACCCCGACGACCUCGUCCAACCCUGGCGUGCCGAACUCGAAUCUUUCCGCUCUGAACGUCACAGAUCUUGUUCCCGCUAUUCCCAGAACGCUACCAGACGCUACGCUGACUUACACGCUUGACUUCAUGAUCGGCCUCACGGCCACCGGAGGAGUGACUGCAAGCUUUAACAACACGCCAUGGCAGCCGCUUGAGGGCACGGCGACCUUGCUUCAGGUCGUAGAUGCCGUCCUCAAUGGUUCAUCCUAUGCUCCGGACGGCCCCAGCGUCCAGCAAGGCAACCAGUUUAUUAUCACCAUCGACUCCCAGGAGGUCGUUGACAUUUUGCUGGUGAAUACCGGCAUGGGUGACCACCCGUUGCACCUACACGGUUAUACUGCGUCCAUCCUAGGCACAGGCACGGGCAAUUAUACUGACGACGCUGUGCUCAACACGAAUAACCCCAUAUACCGAGACAUUUCUCUCGUCCCCAAUGCAGGUUGGACCAAGAUACGCUUCUUGAACGACAACCCUGGAGUCUGGGCGUUCCACUGCCACAUUGCGCUGCACAUGGCAGCUGGUUUGCUCAUGCAGAUCAAUAGCCUGCCGUCUCAGGCGGCGCUGUUCGAUAUCCCGCAAGUCCUCCGUGAUCAGUGCACCAUGUAA